AUGUUACACACCCGUGAAUCACUUACUGUGGAUGAACAACUUGUUGCAACUCGUGGUCGUUGCAAUUUCCGUCAAUAUAUUCCUAGUAAGCCAGGAAAAUAUGGGUUAAAGAUCUUCUGGUGCUGCGACUCAAAUACGGCGUAUCCGUUAAACGGUGAAGUUUAUCCAGGACGCCAACAUGGAGCAGCUCCUGCAGCUAAAGAUGCAAAUCGUAUUCGCAACUUGGUGAAUCGGUUGGUGCAUCCUUGGAUCAACACCGGACGAACCAUUACCACCGAUAAUUAUUUUACUGGUGCAGAGCUGGCAGAAGAUCUUUUGGGUGUUCAAACAACUCUUGUUGGGACUAUACGACGAAAUAAAAAGGAAAUUCCACGAGAACUGCAGCCUGACAAUAAUCGUUCUCAAUAUUCAUCUAUAUUCUGUUUUGAUCGACAACUAACAUUAGUUAGUUAUAUACCAAAAAAAGGACAUGUAGUGAUUUUGUUGUCAUCUCUUCAUCAUGAUCAAGCUAUCGACGAUGAACAAAAGAAGAAACCAGAAAUUAUUUUAUACUACAACAACACAAAAGGUGGUGUCGAUCGGAUGGAUCAGAUGGUAAAAACAUAUUCGUGCAAACGUAAAAUAAACCGAUGGCCAAUGACCUUUUUUAAUAUCGUUGAUGUUGGUGCUAUUGCUGCUUUUUUGGUAUGGAUAAAGAAAAAUCCUAAAUGGAACGAAAAAAGACAGCACCGUCGACGUUUAUUUUUAAUGCAGUUAGGUUAUGAUCUUGUUGAAACUCAUGUGGAUCGACGACGACAACAAUCACAAGCACUUCAAAAGAACGUUCGAAUAGCUUUGCAAACGAUUGGACAAACUAUCACUACUCCACAACCUGAUGCUGUUUCAACAACGAGGGUAAAACGACGUUGCCAACUUUGUCCAAGGCAACGUGAUCGAAAAGUCAUCACUCAUUGUAUGAGUUGUGAUAUUCCAUGUUGUCCAGAUCAUCAUAAGAUCAUUUGUACUACGUGUUAUGAAACAUUUUUGGAAUAA